AUGAAUGAGCUUAAAUCUGACCAGAGAUCCUCCGAAAUGAGUCAAGUGACUGGAAAAACACUGGCGGUGACAAGAGAUGGGUUUAAUUCCCGAGUUUUAUGGCCAGAUAUGAUCAAAACACCGGAAAAUGAAUGGUGGUUCAGUUGCGAUGACAUCGUGAACAAGCUGGGAACAGACCCACAGGCAGCUCAUGAAAUGAAAAAGCGUAUGGAAAAGUGUCUCAUGUACUUCUACGUGAUGAAAAAGCAGUUAAAGCUUUUUGACCACACGUAUACAGCGGCCUGUGUGCUGUUUUUCCGGUAUUGGUAUGUCUAUGGACUUCCUUCGAGUCUUCCAGAGUGCAUCCAGCUUUCGCAGGCUAUUUUGGUCACUGCAUGCAAAACAAUGGAGAAUAAUCGUCCAAUCGAUGCGUUUGUGAAAAGUACUUGCGAAUUUUUGAUGAAAGACAUGCCGCCAUCUAGAGCUCGACAAAAUGUCGAAAAACUGAGAUGGGAUCUUCGGGACAAGUUGGUCCUCUACGAAAAGCAAAUUCUUUGCCAGCUGGGAUUUGAUCUGGAUAUACAGAACCCAAAAGAACUCAUUGAGGAGAUUUUCGGAGGUUAUUUUAGAUACAACCGAGACCUGAAGGUGAGCGAACAAUUUCGACACGUUUUCCCCAAAAUAAUUCAAGAGGGCAGAAAUUUCAUUAUACAAGCGGGAACUCAGCCUCUUUCGCUUCUGUGUGACGGAUUUAGCAUCACAGUUUUAUCACUUGUAUACUGUGGACUUCAGUACAAAUCGGAAGUGGACAAUACUUUCAGAUUCCCAAAGAACUUCUUCAGCGAACGAUUUCCCAUACCGGUAUCGAGUGAACAGUUAGCCAAGCUGUUCGAAGAUUACAAAAGACUUGAAGAGAAUUUUUUCGAUUUGAAGAGUAAUAAAGGCCAAAAGCUCAACAUUUCGCGCGAGGACAUCGAUUCGCUUAUCGAGGAAGAUGCAGACGUGUCCAGACCAGUCGACCAGGAGAAGAAUACUUACGUUUAUGAAGACAUUAAAGAUGGUGAAGUGACAAACGAAUUCCUUGAACAUAUCGAAGCUCGAAUUCAAGAGCUGCAUGAAAAAACUGUCGCACAGAGCAAGCUAUCUCAUAAAAGGCCGAAUGAUGACUUAAGUGCGUUAAACGAGCCUCCAAAGAAAGUACCGAAAUAA